AUGAACCCCGAAGACACGGCAGAGCACACCCUCUUCGCUUGCCCCAGGUGGGAGGACGAGCGUGCUGUCCUGACCAGGAUCUUAAGACGCCCACCAGAGCCCGGGGACGUUCAGGAACUCCUGUGUGGACCUAGGGCCGACGAACUACCUGACGAUCUGACAGCCCGGUCAAGGAUCGUAGAACAGGCAAAGACCAACAGACGUGAGUUUAUGGCGAUGGUGGAAAAAAUCAUGUGCUCCAAAGAAGAUGAUGAAAGGGAGGAACAGUUGUACGACUGA